AUGUCCUUGUCUCGAUCACCAUCGCCUAAGCCAAAUGGAGGAUGGAGCUCGCAAGGCCUGACAGAUAACCGGGCGGUUUCGCCUGCUCGGAGAGCCUACGAGACAAAUGGCUACGACGGCAAUGAUGCACAAUGGGCUGCAGCACAGGCGAGGAGUAACGCCGUAAGGGGCUAUCCUACAAUACAGACUAAAAACGAGGGCUACUUCAAGAGAACAAGGAGGAAGGUUUCUGAGAAGCUCCCUAUGUUCAACGCACUGAGUCCGCAGGACAAAGACUGGAAAGAUCAGGAGAAGCUUGGUCGUGGUAGGUGGCCUCUGAAGGACAACGAUGGCAGAUUUGCAACUUUCAGAACAUUCUUGGGCAACUUCUUGCGCAAGUUCAAAUUUCUUUUUUCUAUAUUGGCAGUCGUGGCCGUUGUCACGACUGUCGUAUCUCAAUUAAAUGUACGAGGGCGCUACAGGAGCAAUUCUAGAUUAGGAGGUGGCAGUAAAUUUGUCAUCAUCCUUGCAGCCAACGAAGGUGGUGGUGUUAUGGACUGGAAAGGUCCAAGAGAAUGGGCGAUCGAGCGAGAUAGCGUCAGAAACAAAAGACUAUAUGCUGAAAGAUGGGGCUACAACCUCGAAAUUGCUGAUAUGAGCACGAAGAAACGAUACGCCCACGAAUGGAGGGAAAGUUGGGAGAAGGUCGAUAUAAUUAGGAAUUGUAUGGCCAAAUAUCCAAAAGCUGAAUGGUUUUGGUGGCUGGACCUCAACACCUUCAUCAUGGAACCAUCGAUAUCCCUCCAACAACAUAUCUUCGACGACCUCUCGCAGACUGUCUACCGAGACAUCAACCACUACAAUCCUCUAAACAUUACCCAUCCACCUCAAUCCGACUUUCUCGACGCAGUGACACGAUCUCCUACUGGCGACAAUCUCACAUCUUCAGUAGACAUGAUCUUGAGCCAGGACUGUGGAGGCUUCAAUUUGGGUUCCUUCUUCGUCCGUCGAUCCUCAUGGUCAGAUCGCCUCCUCGAUAUCUGGUGGGACCCCGUCCUCUACGAACAAAAGCAUAUGGAGUGGGAGCAUAAAGAACAAGACGCUCUGGAACAUAUCUACACUUCGCAACCUCAUAUCCGAACUCAUUUCGGCUUCAUCGAGCAGCGAAAGAUAAACAGCUUCCCUCUAGCGGCCUGCAGUAAAGUAAGUGAGAUGGGAGAAAAAGAACAUGAUCCGAGGUUUCACUACAACGAGUUUGAUCGCGAUUUCCUAGUCAAUAUGGCAGGUUGUGAAUGGGGUAGAGACUGCUGGGGUGAAAUGUACCAAUACAGAGAAUUGAGUAACAGGCUGAACAGAAGUGCUUGGAGGAAACUUGUCGAUGCGGUGAAGGGCCGAUUCCAACGUGCGACCACGGAAGCUGGUAAGGGGAAAGGGGCGACGAAUGAUGGGAAAUGA